UUGAAUCCUCCUUACCCUGAGGCCAUGACUACACAGAGUACAGAUAAUGUAAUGAGUACUACAGUUCUGUAAAUUUGUACUUUUAAAAAACAGCGAGGAGAAAACUAUGUACUUGUGACAGCAGGCAUAAUCUAACAAACUUCUUUCCUUUUCCAACAGUUCAAACAACAUCAUCUACACAAGAACCUGAGACUCCAACAGCUCCUACAGUGCCAUCUACUACAGCAUCUUCAACAAGUGAUGGAAAUACAUCUGCAUCAGGAUCAACAUUUAUGACAGCACCAACAGAAUCAACUACUAAUGCACCUGCACAAACAACCACCACAAUGGAGUCUAGAACAGUUGAUAGUGCAUCUACAGUCACUGAGACAACAACAGAAACAGUGCCGGUUACAGUGUCACCAACAACACCUCAAACAGUACCUGUUUCAUACAGCACAAUUCAAACAACAUCAUCUACACAAGAACCUGAGACUCCAACAGCUCCUACAGUGCCAUCUACUACAGCAUCUUCAACAAGUGAUGGAAAUACAUCUGCAUCAGGAUCAACAUUUAUGACAGCACCAACAGAAUCAACUACUAAUGCACCUGCACAAACAACCACCACAAUGGAGUCUAGAACAGUUGAUAGUGCAUCUACAGUCACUGAGACAACAACAGAAACAGUGCCGGUUACAGUGUCACCAACAACACCUCAAACAGUACCUGUUUCAUACAGCACAAUUCAAACAACAUCAUCUACACAAGAACCUGAGACUCCAACAGCUCCUACAGUGCCAUCUACUACAGCAUCUUCAACAAGUGAUGGAAAUACAUCUGCAUCAGGAUCAACAUUUAUGACAGCACCAACAGAAUCAACUACUAAUGCACCUGCACAAACAACAACCACAAUGGAGUCUAGAACAGUUGAUAGUGCAUCUACAGUCACUGAGACGACAACAGGAACAGUGCCGGUUACAGUGUCACCAACAACACCUCAAACAGUACCUGUUUCAUACAGCACAAUUCAAACAACAUCAUCUACACAAGAACCUGAGACUCCAACAGCUCCUACAGUGCCAUCUACUACAGCAUCUUCAACAAGUGAUGGAAAUACAUCUGCAUCAGGAUCAACAUUUAUGACAGCACCAACAGAAUCAACUACUAAUGCACCUGCACAAACAACAACCACAAUGGAGUCUAGAACAGUUGAUAGUGCAUCUACAGUCACUGAGACGACAACAGGAACAGUGCCGGUUACAGUGUCACCAACAACACCUCAAACAGUACCUGUUUCAUACAGCACAACACUUGAAACAAUAUCACCAACAAAGGGACCUAAAGCUUCCACAGCUACUACAGUGAGUGAUACCACCUCAUCUUCAAGUACAGAAACUCCUGCAACAUCUACAUCCGGAUCAACAGCACCAACAACAUUUAUGACAACAACAGCAGGUCUGGAAUCAACUACUUCUUUACCUGCACAAACAACAACUACAGUGGCGUCUACAACAGUUGAGAGUGCACCUACAGUCACUCAAACGACAACAGAAACAUCAUCAACAGAGUCAGCACAAACGUCUUCAACUUUAACAGUUACAGAUACAUCAGUUACAGUGUCUCCAGCAACACCUCAAACAGUACCUGUUAUAGAGAGCACCGUUCAAACUACAUUAUCUACACGAGAACCUGAAACUCCAACAGCUACUACAGUGCCAGAUACCACAGCAUCUUCAACUAGUACUGAAACUACUGAGACAUUUACAUCACGAUCAACAUUUUUAUCAAGGUCAACAGUAGGUUCAGAAUCAACAACUGUUGGAGUAACCACAGAAUCAACUACUGCUGCACCUGCAGAAACAACAACCACAAUCGAGUCUAGAACAGAUGAGAGGCCAUCUACAGUUACUCAGACAACACCAGAAACAUCAACAACAGAGUCAGCACCAACGCCUAAAACUUCAGCAGCUACAAAUACAUCAGUUACAGUGUCACCAACAACGACUCAAAUAGUACCUGCUACAGAUGGCACUGGUGAGUAG